AGAAAAAAAAAGAGGGUUUGUUGUGUUUGCUCGUUUGAGGAGGUUAAAGAUUUGCAGAUUUCUCUUCGUUAAGUUUGGGUAUCUACGAUACAAGAUGGGAGUAGAAAUUGAAACAAUCAGACCAGGCGAUGGCCAGACUUACCCCAAAACAGGUCAGACAGUAGUAGUUCAUUAUACAGGGACUCUCUCCAAUGGUCAUAAGUUUGACUCUUCUAGAGACAGAGGUCAACCAUUUAAGUUUAAAAUAGGCAAGGGGGAAGUUAUCAAAGGCUGGGACCAUGGGGUAUCACAGAUGAGUGUAGGUCAACGUGCCAAGUUGGUAUGCUCACCUGACUUUGGUUAUGGUGAUAUUGGACAUCCAGGAAUUAUCCCACCUAAUGCAACCCUAAUUUUUGAUGUGGAGCUACUGCGACUGGAGUAAGGAAACUCUUGUGUGUUCAAUGCUGCUGUGUUCAAGCCUUAGCAGACCUGCAGUGCUGUGUUUUAUUCUGAAUAAGUGUUUUUAAGAUGAAAAGUUUUACCUGCAAUUAUCAAAAGCUGUGUUUCAACAUAAAAUAAUACUUGGUGUUCAGGAACUUCUGUAGACAAUAGUAGUAUUAGUGGAUUUGUUGCAAAUGUUUUAAUGGUGGUGACCUGUGUAGUGUUUUGAGCUCAAUUUGAUAGAAAAAAAAAAUGGAAGUGUUUAAUCUAAAAAUCUAAUCAAUUUUCAGAUCAGAGGACAUCUGACAUCCACAUAUAAAAAAAAAAUAUGUGAAAGGUAAAAAAACAGCCAAUAAUCAUGACUUCCAAAUCUAAAAUAAAAAAUAAAGUAAUGGUAUGUUGAAAUUGAAAAACUUAAUCAAAACUUUUAUCUUAUAAUUUAAAGGAAUGGGUUGUUUUUUAAUUACAGAUAAAUUUUACAGUUCCUUUAUCUGCUCAAAAAUUAUUUUGGUUAUAUGAAUAGGUCCUUUAUUUUCUAAGUAUUUUGUUUAUGAUAUAAUUACAUUGUGUGGUAUGUAUUUAUCAUACAUUAGUAGUCCUUUUAUUCCAAAGCUCAUAAUAUCAAAAUUUUAUAUUGAGAACACUUGUUCCUUAUUAAAAACAAAGGGUGGAUAUAUUUGUAGGUUUACGGCGUAAUUCAUAAACCUACAUGUAUAUAUUUGGCAGUAUGUUUCAUUAAAAUAUCUGCAACAUACUUGAAUAGUGAUUAUUAAAUAUAUUUAGAAUAUGUUAAAAAUAGUCAUUUUUAAAACAUUUUCCAUAUGUAGCUUUUUUCUUACAUUUUGUAAUGAAGUAAGGAAUAUUUCUAUUAAACAUGGAUGAUUUCCUUUUGACACAGUCAGCGCUAUUGGCUGAUAAAAGUACAAAUUUUUAAAAAUGGCAUAAACAAUAUUUUCUCUAAGGGAGAAGAUAUUUAUACCAAAAUAAAUAGACCUUCAAAAAAAAAAAGUCCAAAUUUUUAAAUGUUUUUUUGUUUGCUGCUGCAUUAAUGUGCUCACAUCUAGCACAACACUUCCAUAUCUACAUAUGGAUGUAGGAAAAUUUACUUAAUUUAUAAUCUCUCAGAAUUUAGCUGGAAUAAUGCUGAAUUACAGUAGGGAAUGGCUGAUGGUAAUAUAUUUUUAAAUAAUUUUCUCCAGGGAUGGGAGGCUUUAACUACAUCUGUGUAUGAAAACCCGUAUUUGUGAUAAACCUUUAAAUAGGAAGACAGUUUACCUGCCUUUAUCUAAUUAUUUUAAAUAUCUUGGAUUUUUUAAGGAUAUAACUUUGUUAGUAAGUGUAAUAGGUAAAAUGUGCUUUUAUGUUUCAUUUUUACUCUUAAGAUUUUGAUAGUUUGUGAAGUGUAACUAAUGGUAAACCAUAAUCUUAUGAAAAUUAAGAAUUACUAGAUUCAGAGAACUAAAUAAAUGUUUAUAACAAUACAAAUCCUAUUUUAUUUUGUGAGAUGAGACUGAAAUCACUGAUGUUUUUCUUUAAAAAAAAAUGUAUACUGAAUUUAUUUUGCUCUUAAUCUAAGUAAUGUGUUAAGAUGCAUGUAAACCAACCAAAAAAACUUACAUUUUAUGCUGCUGUGUUAAUUACAUCUUGUUAUGGGUAAGAAUCCAUAAACACGAAGGUCAGUAGUAAAUGCUGUCCAUGUGCCCCACACAACAUGCAACAUACAAGUAGUCAAGAAAUAUCUCCAUUUGGAAAUGAGGCCAAAAGGAGAUGGGUUCACCAUGAUAAGGCAUCCAGUCAUACCUCCCCCAAGCAGCUGUGAAAUGAAAUGGGUAUUUAAUAUGAAUAAGUCAAGUUGCAGGAUGUACCAACUGAUUUAUGUAUGACCAGACUGUUGAAAAUGGUCCUGGGUAAUUACAUCUUUGUACAUUAAAUGGAUUAUAGAAAGUAUAGAGAGAGAGGAGGGAUGUGAUUUGGGUAUAUCAUCAUUUUGAUGGAGCCUUUUGCAAUGGGAAGUAAACUACAGAGUUAUCUUAAGAUAGAGUAUAACUGGAUAUGACAACAUGGACUGUAAUGACAUUGUGAGGCUCCCAAAUCAUUUUAAUGUAACCUCUAUUACAUGAAGUACCAAAAACAAUACAAGCCAUACACAUGAUAAUGGAGCAAAUCUUCAACUGACAGUAUGACAAA